AGGGUUUGUGCGCUCCGGGGGCUCCUUUAAAGCGCCUGUUCCCCAGGCAGGGGUCCCGCUGCCCGCAGCGGUGACAGCAGUGACAGCAGUGACAGCAGUGACACCUCGAGCCGCGGCUGUGGCAGCGUUUCUGGGCGGCUGUGGCGGCUGCCGGGGCUCUCUCUGGCGCUGGGCUUUGUCCCCAGAGCUCACAGGGCAGCACAAUCCCCACGGCAUCCCCACAGAGCCCUACUGCUCUCGGCUGAGCGGCUCCGGCCCGGCACCGCUUGUCCGGAGUGAAGAAACCUGAACAGAAAUGUCUGUGGGACGGGAUAAUCUGAAAGUACAGGCAGAAAAAUCGCCUGCAAUGUCUGUGCGCUGAAGGCUUUGCUUUGCUGGGCUGCAGAGGGACACUUAACCCUUUCUGGUGCGUGUGUUCGGGGCAGGGAGGCUGCGGGGAGGGAGCAGCUCCUGGGGCCGGAGCCCUGGUGACAGCCGUGAUGUGACAGGGAAAGCUGAGCCAGGGCCGAGGUGACACUGCAGCCACCAGAGCACCCUGGCCCCGGUGCCCCUGGCUAGCAGCCCUCUCAUCUCCUCCCACACGGAUUGUACACGGCCUCUCUCCUCAACUCGUCCCUUGACAAGUAAAUGAUGUCCGCGAAGUCGCUGUUUCUGUCGGAGCUCACCACUUUAUCCUGCUGGAGCCCCAGACAUCAGCUGCAUCGACUACAAACACCUCAGUGAUAAUGGAAUUCCUUACUCAUGGCUCACUCCUAUGGGAAGAAUCCGUGUUUAGGAGUGACCUGGCCCUUCCCAGAGAGCUCUCAGGCUCAGCUCACCUUGGCCAGAUCCAGCUCCUUGGACGACUCCUCCAAGCCACAAAGGCACCUCGUUGCUAUAUUGAAAGAAGAUAAAGAGACCUUUGGGUUUGAAAUACAGACUAUCAGGUUUCCACACCAAGAUGAUUUCUCCCUGGAGGUGUGCACUUGUGUCUGCAGAAUCCAAGAGGAAAGCCCUGCCCAUCUCUCUGGCCUUCAGGCUGGUGACAUCCUCACCAGCAUCAACGGCGUCAGCACCGAGGGCUUUGGUCACAAGCAAAUCGUGGACUUGAUAAAGUCCUCAGGGAACUAUCUGAGGUUAGAGACCAUCAACGGGGCCUUGUUCCUGAGGAAAAUGGAGCUGGAGAGCAGGCUGCAGGCUCUCAAGCAGGUGCUGCAGCAGCGGUGGGGAGAGCUGCGGGUGCUGCUGUCCCGGGAGCGGCUCCUGCUGCACGGGGAGGAGACUGACAGCGCUCUGCUGGGUGAGCUGGAGCCGGGGGAGCCCAGCAGCUCCCCGGGACCCUUCUUCCCAGCCAAGCCCCGCUUCUCCAGCGAGAGCAGCUCCCGCAGCCGCCUGAGCUCCAUGACGGUGGGCAGCCAGGACAGCUUCCAGCAGAUGUGCGAUGAUUGUGGGUCCGGGAGCAGGAGCCGGCAGUCCAGCACGGAUGAGGACUGUGUGUUCCCCGGGGAUGCGGCCGGAGCUGCCGGCAGGAGCUCCCUGCGCAGGAACCGCAGCAUCAGCCUGGCCAGCAGCGGCUCCGCGGCCCCGCUCCGGCUCGGCAGCAGCAGCUCCAGCAGCUUCGGGACCCUCCCGAGGAAGAGCAGGAGAGCCAGCGUUCGCAAGCAUCUUCUGAAAUUCAUCCCAGGCUUCCAGCGGGCAGUAGAAGAGGAGGAGAGCCGGGUGUGACGCCCCCCGUGUCCCCCGGGGCACGCCCCAGACCACAGCACUGAUGAGGCUCACACGCCUCGGGGCUUUUAAUUAUUUUCAUUUUUAAUCAGAGCACGCUGCGGACCUCCUCAUUAACGUGAAAAUGAGCGACUCCAAAAUGUGAAGAACCUUUGCAGAACUUCCUCGGCGAACUUUACUGUUAAUAACAGUUUUUAAUUGAAUGCGAAAUUGAUAGCUAUUUAUUUCCUGUUACCGGAGUCAGUGUUUUCCAAAGGUCUUUAAUAAAACGAGAGCUU